AAUGAACGGUAUGAAGGCCGCCGCCGGAGCUGUGGUGACCGAAGCCACGGGUGCCUUUGGGCCCGUCCUGGCGAAGCUCACGGCCUUGCUGACCCCUGAUCAGGAUGGGGACGACGUGGAGGAUUCCAUCAUGUCCCAGCUGGAGCGCGUGCAGUCGCUCCUCCUCAGGAUAUGGGAGAGGCAGGAUCUUGAGGCAGCAUGCGAAGAUUGGAUGGCGGAGGCACGGAAGGUGUCCUACGACAUCCAGGACGACAUCGACGGCUUCGAGCUCGGCUUGGAGCAUCAUGGUGGUGGUUCAUCAUCAGCUACCAAGAGCCUCCUCGAGAGGAUCAAGGCAAAGGUCAAGGGCCUGAUGCUGGAUAGCCAGAGCGGCUAUAAGGAGUGCUGCAGGGCCAUUGGCGAGCUGUCUUCGGCGACAGCCCUGCUAGUUGACCAUCGAUCUCGCUUCUUUCACAAGGAUGCGUCCGAGCUUGUGGGGACGAUGGAGGAGAAGAAGGCUGAGGUUACCAAGUUGCUCCAAGAGCACGAGGUGGUGUGCAUCCAUGGUUCUGCAGGGAUGGGCAAGACAACUCUUGCUGACUUGGCGUACCAGGCGAUGUCGAUAGGAGACGACGGACUCAAAUGCCGUGCGUUCGUGUCGGUCUCCCCUAGCGCAACCAUGGUGCAGAUGCUGAAAACCAUUCUAAGUCAACUAAGCCGCCGCCACCAUUUGCUGUAUGGUGGUAGCAAUGAAACGUCGUCAGACGAAACGGCUGACGACAAAAGGUAAUACUCUAUGCCGCCUGAACAUCCAUCCAUAUAGCCAAGGAACAGUAAUGGAUCUUUGUUUCUUUCUUUCUAUAUAUUCCACCUAACACUCUCAGAAUUGUAUCUGAGGUCGCACGACAUGCGGACACGGAUAUAGCCAAGGAACAGUAUCUCAUCGAGAGCAUAUCAAACUUACUCGUGAACAAAAGGUACCUCGUCGUAGUAGAUGAUGUGUGGCACUGGGAGCAAUGGGAAAUCAUAAGGAAAUCCCUUCCGAAGAAUAAUCUGGGAAGUAGGAUAAUAACUUGCACUCGUGUUGAAGCAGUAGCCAUGAAAUUUAUGAUGGAGAGUGAUGCGUGUCUCUACGAAAUGGCUGGCCUUUCUAUGGAUGCCGCCGCAGCUUUGUCGAGGAGGAUAUUUGAGGAUGGCAGCGUGCGUGCAACAUCGGAACUGCAUAACUCUUGGUCUGCUUCUAUAGCAAAAAUGUCCGGUGGCAUGCCGUUGGCAGUAAUUUGUAUGUCGUUGGCAGUCGCGCGCGCGCAGCUGACACCAGAGGAGGCAGUUGAAAGAUUGACAAAUAUUCCUUGCUUGAGGCCAUUGGUAGAGAGCUUGAGCCUCGGGUACCAUGGCCUUCCGCUGCAUCUGAAGACUUGCCUGCUGCAUUGCAGCAUGUAUCCUCCCCAGCACAUCUUGGACAGAGAUGGCCUUGCCAGGAUGUGGAUCGCUGAAGGGUUUGUCUAUGAGGAGGAGGAAGCUCGAAGCUACGUUGACCAGCUUUUCAAAAUGGGGUUGAUUCGGCGGUGCUCUUCUGCUCUUGUGCCGUCUCCAAAGUUUCAGAUCGACGCCAUGAUGCUUUAUUUCCUUAGGUGUAGAUCACAAGAAACAUUUUACUAUUUGGGUUGCGGUCGUCGUCGGAAUGGCGCCGGACGACGGGUGCAUCAUCGGCUAUCUAUCAUCUCUGCCCAGAAGAACGGGCCGGCGGGGGGUACUUCAACACUGCCACACGUCGACGUCGUCUCGAAUAAUAAUACUCGCUCCCUGUAUGUUUUCGACCGCUCAUGGAGGGUCCCUUUCAACGAGUUUGAACGGCUGCGGGUGCUGCACCUUCACUGCAGCUCCAGGAACGCUGAUCUGGUGGAUAUAUGCGGGCUGGUGUGGCUGAGAUGCCUCAGUCUCAGUGGGUCACCGAUCACCAUGCUCCCAAAGCAAAUUGGGAGGCUGCAGCUUCUAAGGACUCUGGAUGUAAGCAGCACAGGAAUCCUGUGUGUACCAGGUGAGAUUGGGGCGCUGCAGCAAUUGGAGAUUCUUGACGUGAGCGACACGAUGGUCCAGAAGCUUCCGGCGGAAAUAGGGCAGCUGAGGCGCUUGAAGGCUCUGUACGCAAGGAACUCCAGCCUCAGAGAGCUGCACACUAGCCAGAUCAGAGAGCUGCAGCUACUGGAGACGCUUGAUGUAAGCAACACGGUGCUUGCUGAGGGUGGUGGUCUCAUGAUGUUAAUUGGAGAUGAUGAGAACUUGAAGGUCGUGGACGCCGCAGGUGGUGGUGGAAUGCUGAUGAUGGCCGAGGGGGGAGGGUCAACUGCGACCGUAGCCACUGGUGCCCUGGGCCCCGUCCUAGCAAAGCUGCGCAAGAACGCGGCGGACGACGACGGCGGGCGAUAUCUUGGCGACAUAGAGUUCAUCAUAUCAGAGCUCGAGUCCCUGCACUCCUUCCUCACAAGGAUGUGGGAGAGUAGUGAGGGCGGCGGCAUUGACGAGAAUGCGGCAUGCCAGAGCUGGAUGGCGGAGGCACGAGAGCUGUCCUACCACAUUGAGGACGACAUCGAUCGCUUUAUGCUCGAUUUGGAGCAUGGCGGCGACAGGACGACGACGACGGCACCUUUUAGGAGAAUCAAGCUACGUAUCAAGGGGCUGGUGGACCGGUACCAAGAGGAAUGGAGGAUGGCUGCUGAUUGCCGUAUCAAGGCGCCCCAACUUGGUCCUCCGUCCCGGUACUACUCUCGCAAGGAUGCCUCCGAGUUGUUGGAGAUCGACGACAAGGAAACUGAGGUCAAGGAAUUGCUUCAAGAGCAUGAGCUGUUAUGCAUCUUCGGAUUUGCAGGAAUGGGUAAGACGACUCUAGCCAACCAAGUGUACCAAGCAAUAGGAAAGCAAUUCGAAUGCCAGGCCUUCAUGUCCAUCUCCCCACGCAUGGACGCGUCGCAGAUCCUGACAACUUUUUAUGCCCAAGUAACGGCUCAACAAAGAGAAAUAAUAGCCGCGAGUGAUUCAUUGUCGGACCAACAAUUUAUGAUCGACAGCAUCUCAAAAUUCCUCUUCAACAAAAGGUGCCUCAUCAUAGUCAAUGACGUCUGGCACUGGGAACAAUGGGAAGUGAUAAGAAAGUCCCUUCCGAAGAAUAAUCUGGGCAGUAGAAUAAUUACGAGCACUUGUGUUCAUGCAGUGGCAAUGAGAUUUGUAGAGGACAAUGGUGUCUUUCUCUACAAAAUUGCGGGUCUUUCUAUGGAUGCCUCAGUAUCUUUAUGUGAAAGGAUAUUUAAGGAGUCCUGUAAGGAUGGCGGCACCGUCGUUUCAUCCGGCCUGUGCAGUUCUAUAGCGAAAAUGGCUGGUGGCAUGCCGUUGGCAGUAAUUUGUUUGUCGUCGGCAGUUGCAGCGCAGGCGCAGCUAGCAACAGAAGAAGACGUCGGGCGAGUGCAUGACCCGCCGGAUUGGUUUCGUAUGGCAGAAGCUCGGGCACUAGCAGGACUGACAAAUAUUCCAUGCUUGAAGCCAUUGGCAGAUAGCUUGUGCCUCGCCUACAAUCAACUUUCAGUCCAUCUCAAGACUUGCUUGCUGCACUGCAGCAGCCUGUGUCCUCCCUAUCACAUAUUUGGGACGGAUGAUCUCGUCAGGCUGUGGAUAGCUGAAAGGUUUGUAUACGAUGAGGGAGAUGCUCGAAGCUAUGUGGAUCAGCUUGUCAGCACGGGAAUGAUUUCAGUACAAUCUUGCUCCUCGGAUCUGUUGAUUGGCCCGAAGAAAGUUCAGAUGAACACCAUGAUGCUGCACUUCCUUAGGUGCAUUGCAUCACAUGAAGGUUAUUGCAUUGCUUCUUCGGAUUGUGGAUCUGGCAUGUCAUCUCUGCUCGUUGGACCAAUCCGGCGGCUAUCUAUCCAGAGCUGCAAGAACAAGGUGGAGAUUUCAAGGUUACAUGCUUCGGAUAUUCGCUCCCUUUAUGUUUUUGACCGCACGUGGACAACCCUGUUCAAGAACUUGACAAACCUUCGAGUGUUGCAGCUUCUGGGCAACAAUCUUAGGAAUGAAGAUCUGACGGCUAUAUGUGGGCUGCCCCACCUUACUUACCUGAAUCUGAGCGGGACACUGGUGAAUCUGCUCCCAGAGGAACUAGGGAGACUGAAGCUUCUCAAGACUCUGAUUGUAAGAGGCACUGGAAUCCUGCGUCUACCAGUGGGAAUUGGGGAGCUGAUGCAAUUGGAGACUCUUGAUCUAGGUGACACCAUGGUCGUGGAGCUACCGAGCCAAAUAGUGAAGCUGCAUAACUUGAGGACACUGGACCUAAGAAACUCAAGCUUGUGUGAGCUCCCCAACGAAAUCGGCGACCUACUGCUCUUGGAGACUCUUGAUGUAGGUGACACCAUGGUCGCGGAGCUACCGAGCCAAAUAGGGAAGCUGCAGCGUUUGAGGGCUCUGGGCAUAAGCGGCACAGGUAUCGAGAAGCUUCCAGCGGAGAUUGGAGAGCUGGAGCAUUUGGAAAUUCUUGAUGUAAGUUGCACAACGGUCGCCGAGCUACCACUACCGACAGCCGGAGGAUCGAUGGCGAUGCUGCAGCAACUGAACAUUUGCAACACAGAGAUCCGAGAGCUACCUUGGGAAUCAGGGCGGCGCUCGGUCCGUGUGCUGUGUGGUGACAGCGACGCUCCUCAUGUGUGCAACCUGGCUGACCUUUCUGAGGGCCUUUUGCAACCAUCUGUCGUCGUCGUUCUGUUUGAUCGUUUCGGUUCGAUCUGGGUACCUGUGCCUUUCCCGAGAAUUAAGGUUCCUGGGAAGCAUAGGAGUGUCCCUCAGUUUGUCGCGUCGAUUUGUUACCUGGAAAUCAGUCUGUGGAAGCUGGAGGAGGAUUCCCUCAAGUCUCUGCGGGAGAUGCCCAACCUUCGAGGUCUAGCACUACGGGUUGAUGUUCUCCCCACAAAGCCUGCUAUAUCCAUCCUAGGGUUCCGAAAGCUGGAGAGCCUCUGUAUCGAUUGCCGUGUGCCAAGGAUAACCUUCGAGAAAGAAGCAAUGCCAGAGCUCACAUAUCUCGAGUUCAAGUUCUAUGCCUGCCGGCCGACAACUGAACACAACAUGGGCAUCGCUAACCUCCAGAGACUCCAAAGAGUUGUUUUCCGGAGCGCCUCUUGGUACACAAGCGACCCUUCGGCGGGCAUUCAUGCAGUUAUUAACAGAGUGAGAGAAGAAGCAAGGGAGCACCCCAACACAAUCAUCCUAAGCGUCAAUGGCAACGUCGAAUCUUACCAUGAGAAGAAAGCUGCGGCAGCAGCAGCACAAGGGAUCAAGCCAAGCCUUUCCGGUGAUGUUUCUCGGCGCAGCGAUUCCCGAGCUCGUACAAUCCGCAGAAUAAAAACCUAUGCGGGAGAAUCAUCAGCCUAUAACUAGCAAGCUGCUGGCUGCAACAACCCAUUAUUUUACCUGUAUUACUACUACCUGCACUGAGGCUUGGAACUUUAGAGCGUUGAACUUUAAGGCCUUGUUCAGUUAUUCCCAAUACACAUGGAUUGGAUGGGAUUGGAAAAAAUUCUUAAGAAGUUUGACUUGUUUGGGAUUCAAACCCAUCCAAUCCCACUCAAUCCACAUGGAUUGAGAGCUAACCGAACAAGCCCUAAUAGGGAUUGUUGGCUGGCUCAUGUUACUAGGGUUUCCUAUGGAUUAUUGUGGCCAAGAACACAUUCAAAAUGCUAUUGGAUCUUUUGGGAUCUAACCUCACUAGGUUACUUGUAAGAGCAAGAGUGACAUCUCUAGAAGAUCAGUUGUUCAA